AUGCAUGUUGAUAUUGAACUUAAAGGAACUCAGUUAACUGCUCUCUAUGACACUGGAUCACAAGCAACACUUAUUACGGAGAAAACAUACCGGAAAAUUGGUUCUCCACCAUUAUAUCCUUAUAGAAUUACAUUCUCAGGACUUGGCCAAGACACAGUUCAAAAUGAUGACAAUCUGGAUUUGGAUAACCACGAUGACAAAGUUGAAGCUAAUACCAAUCAUGGAGCUCAUGAAGAUGAUGUUGAUAAAGAUGGUGAUGACGCAGACAACGAGAUGGAUCAAGAUCAUGAUAUUGAUGAUGACGACAAUCAUAACGCUAAUGGUGCUGCUGAUGAUAAUGGCACUCAUGAAGCUAAUGAAGAUGUUAAUCAUGUUGAUCAAGGUGACGUUGCUGUUGUUGAUGAAGAUCAUGUCAAUGAGGAUGAUGUUGAUGACAACGAAGAUGAUGAUGAUGACAGUCAUGAAGCUAAUGAUGAUGAGGAUGUCGAUAAUGAUCCAAGCGUGCAGAAUACUGAAGAAACUGUGAAAAAUAAACUGAAUCAGUUUGAACAAGCAUGUGCUGAUCAAGCAAACGAGAAAACACCUGCUAAAAGUGCAGAAACUCCCAAAGAACAGAAAAAUAAUCUAAGGAAACAAUUUGUCUCUGACAUUCCAGUUGAAGCUUUUGAGGCAACAAAGAAUGCUGAAAUAUUUGGAAGAAAAAUUACAAUUUCAUACACUUUAUCUACUUCACACCCCAAGAAACGAAAGAAUAGAGCCUGGAAGUAUAAACGAAGAAAAUUUAAACGAACUCCAAAGACAAUGAAAUUGCUGACACAGCAUGAUGAUGACAAAGCUGCAUUAUGCAUUGAAGCUCAACGGAACCUCCUCCGUUUACAGCAAGCAUAUAUACGACAGUAUAAGAAAGUCGCAAACAUCCCUGCAAAUACAUCUUGGACACCAAAUGCCACUCCAGCCUGA